CGUCAAGGAAACAGGAAGUGGGGCCUACGGGAGGCGGUGUGGGCCAGGAAGAGGCCAGCGAGUGGAGGCGUUUGCUGAGGGGAGGGAAUGAAUGGGCGCUGCGUGCAAACCUGCGGGGCGAGGACGCGCCGGCUCUAGCGAGGGCCUCGGCGUGUGAGCGGCCGGGGUCGGGCCGCCCUCCCGCAGCAUGGAGGACGACGCGCCGGUGAUCUACGGGCUGGAGUUUCAGGCACGUGCUUUAACACCUCAAACUGCAGAAACAGAUGCCGUCCGGUUUUUGGUUGGGACGCAGUCUCUUAAAUAUGAUAAUCAGAUCCACAUCAUAGAUUUCGAUGAUGAAAACAACAUCAUAAACAAAAACGUCCUCCUCCACCAAGCCGGCGAGAUCUGGCACAUCAGCGCCAGCCCCGCAGAUAAAGGCGUGCUGGCCACCUGCUACAGCAAGAGUGAGUGCGUCUGCUGUGCGUGCCCGGGCGCCCGGCCACUGUGCACUGCCGGUGCCUCGGACAGCAGAGUGGUGACGUGCGCGGCCGUGUGGAGGAUGCCCGCGGAGUGGGAGGCCGGAGGCCACGAGUCCCCGGAUGACUCGUCCAGCACGGCGCAGGCCCUGGAGCUGCUUUGCCACCUGGAUAGCGCGGCACAUGGCAGCGUGGCCUGUGUCGCGUGGGAGCCCAUGGGAGACGGGAAGAAGGUCGUCUCGCUGGCCGAUAACCACCUCCUGCUGUGGGACCUGCAGGAGAGCUCCAGCCAGGCCGUGCUGGCCAGCUCGGCCUCUCUGGAGGGGAAGGGACAGCUGAAGUUUACCUCGGGGCGGUGGAGUCCACAUCACAGCUGCACCCAGGUGGCCACUGCGAACGACACCACCCUCCGUGGCUGGGACACUCGGAGCAUGAGCCAGGUAUACUGCAUAGAGAAUGCGCACGGCCAGCUGGUGCGGGACCUGGACUUCAACCCCAACAAGCAGUACUACCUGGCGAGCUGCGGCGACGACUGCAAGGUGAAGUUCUGGGACACCCGCAACGUCAGCGAGCCCGUGAAGACCCUGGAGGAGCACUCGCACUGGGUGUGGAGCGUCCGCUACAACCACUCUCACGACCAGCUGGUCCUCACCGGUAGCAGCGACAGCAGGGUCAUCCUCUCCAACAUGGUGUCCAUCUCCUCGGAGCCCUUUGGCCACCUGGCGGACGAUGAUGACAUCAGCGACCAGGAGGAGCACCCUGCUGAGGACAGGAGUAAGGAGCCCCUGCAAGACAAUGUCAUCGCGACCUACGAGGAGCACGAGGACAGCGUGUACGCCGUGGACUGGUCCUCGGCCGACCCCUGGCUGUUCGCAUCCCUGAGUUACGACGGGAGGCUGGUCAUCAACCGGGUCCCGCGGGCCCUCAAGUACCACAUCCUGCUCUAGUGGUCUCCUGCGCUGCCCGCAGCCCUCGGGUGGCCUAUGCAGGGCUUCCCAGCAGUGCCCACCGCAGGGCGUGCAUCCCUUCCCACUGGGCGUCUGUGGGCGCCCCGGCUCUGCCACACCCUGGCACCAGCUGUCCCGCCCGGGCCCGGACGCCCGCCUUGCCGGGCUGUGCCGCCGUCCCUGCUCAGUUCUGGUGCAGUUUGAAGGGUGGUGGGAGUUCAGAAAAUUCUGUCCCCUCCAUGUGGCUAACUCAUGGUUCUCCUGAGAUUCAAGUGAAAUAAAGUACCCCAGGCCACUGUG